UUCACUGCUCACCUGUUCAGUGUCUGGGUUUGAUCUCGCUGUUACAAGCUCAAUAUGUCCAAACCGAGAGAUUACAGCAGCCAGUCUUACUCCCCCGGCAGCACGGGACCGGUGAGAAGCUACCCGACCAACAACAUCGACCCGUCGGGCAAAUCCAGGGAGAAGGACGACAUGGUCGGACUCAACGACAAGUUUGUCAGGCUGAUCGACAAGGUGAAAAACCUGGAGGAUGAGAACAAAAAGCUCGACACCAAGCUGAAGAUCCUCAAGGAGCAGGAGGACUACGAGGGGAAAAUUGACGACAUUGUUAAGCAUGUGGAGGACGAGUUGGAGCAUCAGAUUGAGGCCUUGCUCCGUGACCAAGAAAAGCUGAAAGCUGAGCUACACAAAAGCCAGGAGGAGGUGGAGGACACCAAGAAAAGAUAUGAGGAUGAGUUUUUGAAAAAAGCUGACUUGGAGAAUGAAUUUAUUGUCAAGAAAAAGGAUGUAGAUGAAGGUCACUUGGCGCUAGUUGAUCAGGCUCUGGAGCUUGAGGACCUGAUGGGAAAACUGGACUUCCUCAGGGUUGGCUAUGAUGAGGAGAUCAAGGAGCUGGAGUCACAAGUCCAAAACGAGACAGUGGUCUUACGUGACAACAGCAAACGGUCUCUGGACAUGGACGAGAUCAUCGCGAGUGUCAGGAAUCAGUACGCCAACAUUGCCGCCCGCAGCAGGGAGGAAGCCGAGCAGUGGAACCAGAAAAAGAUGGAUGCCAUGGUCUUCAGUGCAGGACAGUGUGAGCAGGAAGUGCGUGAAUUAAGGAGGGAGAUCUCAGACAUGGUUCGCCACAUUCAGAGGCUCAAUGGGGACCUGGAGGCUCUCGCAAGGAAGGAAGAGGCCCUGAAGAAGGACAUCAAUGACAUGAGGACAGAAGGUGACAAUAAUGUGAUGAAGGCCCGGGCGGACAUCGCCCAGCUGGAGGAAGCCUUGAGGCGAGCCAAGCAGGACUUGGCUGGACAAAUCCGUGAACACCAAGAGCUGAUGAACCUCAAGCUGGCCCUGGACAUUGAGAUCGCCACCUACCGCAAGCUGCUGGAGGGCGAGGAGCAGAGAAUGAACUACCUCAUGCGCAAUGCAGACGUUCACCUGCCAUCGAAGCAACACCUGCCAGAGAAGCCACGAGGACCAGAACCCACCAUGUUCCCAGCAGCUUACCCCGCCUCCAAGAAGCGCCUGCUGAUCCGGGUGGAGGUGGAGGAAGGCAGAGUCGUGUCCGAAAGCUCCCAUUACACUGAAGGCUGACCGGCACUCUCCAUCACCCCUCCGCCUGCAGCAUUACAGUAUAUCCGCGAAAUGUGAAUUUACAAAGCUCAAAUUAAGUGAAAUUUAACUCUUAGAGAAAAGUGUUUUUAAAUGUAAUAAUCAUCAUGCUUCUUUUUAUGUGCUCUCUCGUACAGUCUAACAAUAGCUUCUUGGCAGGCUGAACGUUUUUCCUAGAAUGUGUGCUUGAAGUUGGAGACAUUUUGUUUAUGACAAGCAUCUUAUCUUUGUUUGCAAUUGCAAAGACGUGUGUUCCUGGUACAAUCGGUGUAUUUUUGCAGCUUUCGUGCAGUUGUUUCUUUCAUACUUUUUGUGGCGGGGUCUGUAACGGUGUAAAGGUUUCUUAAGGAUGUAAAAAAUAAAAUAAGAAACUUGUGGCAUUGUGUAGGUGGUUAAAGGAGUGUUUCUGUUCUGUUGGGCCACAUCUUGUUAAUAUCAGGAAGGAUGUUAACAAAGAUAAUGUUUCCUACAAUUAGGUCACAUUAACAGGAAGCAAACAUGGAUCUGGGGCAAAACUGCACGCUCGAAAUACUGUAGGUUUUCAAACUACUUUGGAAUUGUUCUCCUUCCUUCACAUGUAUCUGCAACCUUGUGCCUCAAAUAUCAAAAUAAAGGAAAUCAGAAGGCACAACAGACUUUACUGUUUAAGUGACAAGUGUUUACAAUGGAAUUAAUAAAUAAA